UCAAGAAGAGGACAUCGAAGAAGCACGGGAGACGCAGACGGUGGUAGGCAGAGAGAGCGACGGCUCCGAGCCGGCACGAGCGAGGUGAGAUGCGCCCUUAUCGCUCUCAAUCGUCCGUACAAUUACCAUCGGGGUGCCCCAACACUCCUCGUCAGCCGGGCCGCGAUCUCGACGGCUAGCAACGAUAGCGGCGAUACAGGAUCGGAGAACGCUCGCUCCACGGCAGGACCGAUCGACGCCGAACAUCGACAGAAGGAUAAAAUUUGAGAAUGGGAGGUGGAGAAUGGAGCAGUUGGUUGCAACGAUGCCGACAAUCUCGGAAACUCGUUCUCGUCAUCGUUGCCAUCGCGUUGCUUUUGGAUAAUAUGUUGCUAACAACUGUAGUUCCAAUAAUACCGGAAUUUCUCUACGACAUUAAACACCCCAAUGCAACAUUAAGCGAACAUUUGGAAGGAAGCGCCUCUCAUCAAACUACGAUUCCUACCACCGUGUCACCAACAACAACGACAAAAACAACAACGCCAAAAUGCCCUUGUGCUCAAAACAUAUCGGUUCUUCCUCAAUUGGAAUUUCUACACGUUACCACUCCUUCUAUGGAUGUAUCGGAAGUUACUGUAGCCAAUUUUACAUCGGCGGAGACGAAGGAAAAGGAACAAAGACAUCGGGAAUUAUUAGAAGAGACAGUGGCAGUGGGAAUGAUGUUUGCUUCUAAAGCUUUUGUUCAAUUGUUAGCUAAUCCUAUAGUUGGACCAUUAACUCACAAAAUCGGAUAUAGCAUACCUAUGUUCACCGGAUUUAUUAUCAUGUUUCUAUCAACGUUAAUUUUUGCUUUCGGGCGAAGUUACGGCAUACUUUUUCUAGCGCGAGCUCUUCAGGGUAUCGGUUCGUCAUGUUCCAGCGUUUCUGGUAUGGGUAUGUUAGCGGAAAGGUAUCAAGACGAUAAAGAACGCGGUAACGCAAUGGGUAUCGCAUUAGGCGGAUUGGCUCUCGGUGUCCUUAUCGGCCCCCCCUUCGGUGGAGUAAUGUAUGAAUUUGUAGGAAAAUCUGCCCCAUUCUUAGUGCUUUCCGCAUUAGCUCUUGGUGACGGACUGUUGCAGCUUUUAAUGCUUCAACCCUCUGUCGUGUACACGGAAACGAAACCACCAUCGCUGAAGGCUCUUAUCACCGAUCCUUACAUCAUUUUAGCAGCUGGCGCAAUAACGUUCGCAAAUAUGGGCAUCGCUAUGUUAGAACCGAGUCUACCAAUUUGGAUGAUGGACACGAUGGGUGCAAGCCGCUGGAAACAGGGGGCCACAUUUUUACCAGCGAGCAUUAGUUACUUGAUCGGAACGAAUCUUUUCGGCCCGCUUGGACAUAAAAUGGGCAGAUGGUUAGCUUCUCUGAUAGGAUUAGUCGUUAUUGGUAUCUGCUUGAUGUGUAUUCCAUUGGCGAGGAGUAUCGAUCAUCUGAUCAUACCAAAUGCAGGUCUGGGAUUCGCAAUCGGCAUGGUGGACAGCUCGAUGAUGCCUCAGCUGGGGUACCUGGUGGACAUAAGGCACACCGCUGUUUAUGGAAGCGUUUACGCUAUUGGAGACGUGGCAUUCUGUCUAGGCUUUGCUAUAGGUCCCGCAUUGAGCGGAACUUUGGUUAACACUAUUGGUUUCGAAUGGAUGCUUUUUGGUAUAGCCAUGUUAAAUUUCAUUUAUGCACCUCUCAUGUAUUUCCUAAGGGCGCCUCCGAACAAAGAAGAAAAAGAGUCGUUAAUAAUUGGUGAAAAAUCGUCUGUGCGAUAUGUCACCUACCAGAACGAGGAAGAGGACCAAUAAAAUAGUGAUUCUAAACAUUUUCGACGAUCGGUUAUUUUGAUUUCUUAGCACAAAGAUCUCUUUUCUCUUCUUUUUUUUUUAAACAUACUCUGAAAAAGAAAAAUCUGUAUUAUCUUAUUAUCUGUGUUUGUAUAUAUUAUUAAUUUUUAUAUAUAUUUUAAAAAAUAUUUCCCCAAAAAUUAUUGAUGACUGAGAGAUAACAAUUUAUUUAUUAUCUUUUUUUUUUUUAUUAUCAUAUUUCUUAUUCAAUAUAUUUAAACUUGUUCCAAUAAAUGAUAAGAAGCUACAAACAUCGACAAUAAGCACAAUUGUUGACAUGCACUUGAUAAUAUUUGGCAAACGUACUGUACAAUUAUUUAUAAUCAAGUAAAGUUUUCCUAAUAGACAGACGACAUUUUUGGAGAAAAAGACAAAUGAUCUCUCUUAAAAAUAGAUUUGGAAAAGUCGCACAACACCACACUUGAUAUUUAUAAAAAUAAUAUAUACAAUCUAUAAACAGAUCGCGCUAUAAACGUCCGAGAACCCACGGGAGAUUUCGUGUUCUCGAAUAAUUCCGAGAUUAGCCGUAAUGAGGAUGGAUAUGUUGUGAAAUAUAUUUCUGUGUAUUCUGCAUCAUCGAUAUCUCGAUAUCUAAUCGAGUAUACAAAAGCGUAUUGUAUGAGUAUACAAAAGAGUAUAUAAAAGUGUAUAUCAUAUAUAACAGAUAAAUAAUAAUAGAGCUAAAGCCUAAAAUAAUACAAAAAUUGCGAAAAAGCAAAAAAGCUCCUUAUGCCGUAGUGUGCGAUAGCAAGAAAUAUGUUUGGUAAACAUGUGUUUCAAGAUGUGUGUGUAUAUAUAUAUAUAUAUAUGUAUAUACACAUAUGUACAUAUAUACAUAUAUAUAAAAUAAAAAAAGAACCGACACAUAAUGAAAAAGUUACUCUUAAAUGUAAAACCUUAGCUUCAGUAUGCAUACCACAUAAGGCUCGUCGUAAAAAUAAGUGCAUGAGAAAAUAUAUUGAAAGUAUGAUGUGCAAUGUUACAGGAUCAGAAGAUAUGUAAUAUAGUUAUACGAUUGAUCGAACUGUAUGUAAACGAGAAAAGAUAUGAUAAUAGGUAUCGCGUGAUCGGUAUAUCGUUUGUCCAGCACCUUCUUCGAUAGGUAACGAAUCAUUGCAAAAUUUAUUCUUAUCAGGAAGAACUGCCCGAUUUGGUUUCCCUGAAUGGCUGCAGGGAAACCAGCAAAAGGAACGGUCGGGUAUUUUAAAGUGUUCUUCGUACAAUGCGGUUAUGUUUUGAAAUCGAAUAUAUUCUUGUCGCAAAAAUAGAGAAUGUGACAAUUCGCGCGAAGCAUUCUGGUGCAUACGAUUUAUCGAAACUCGCUGAUCCUAUCGUCAUGAGCGAUAUAAAGGAGGAUAAACCGUGAGAGAGCUUGUCGCAAUUCCCGGCGCUUCUCGAUAAAUUCUUCGAGAUUAAUUUCUGUUUUCCCAAUUUCAAUGCAUACUGGAAAGAAUAUAUAGAGAAUACCGUGGGAUUUGCCGCGAUAGAAAUUAGUAUACCUAAACUUAUAUAAAAUAAAGAAUGCAGAGAGAAAAAAAAGAGAGAGAGAGAGAGAGAGAGAGAGCGAGAGAAAAAAAGAAUGGAGUAGAAUAAAAUAGAGUAGAAUAGAGACAGAGUAUGAAGCGUUGGCAGAAUUUGCGAAUUAUAUGAUAAACUCUAUGAGGAUUCGCCGCGGGAAACUCUAGUUGUGACGAUUUAUUUGUUUGACGAUUGGAAAGACGGUAAGAUCUGCCGACUGGACCCCGUAAGAAAAUAGAACGUUCGUAGAAGCAAUAUAGAGAAUAGCGUAGCAACGUAUUAUCCGUAUUAAGCCUAUUAUAUCUACUAUAUAUACGAAAUCUAUACGUGUCUAUAUCUAUGUAUCUUCACGUAAAUGUUAUUU